CAGAAAUAACGUCUGUGGUGGACCAACUUAUGCUUCAACUUAGUUUAUAUGCCGACAAUCUGGAAGAAAUGGUCGAAAAAAGAACAUGCCAAUUGGAAGAAGAAAAGAAAAGAUCAGAAGAAUUGCUGAUUAGGUCAGAAGAUCUUUUAUAUCGGAUGUUACCAAUGUCAGUAGCUGAGGAUUUACGUCAAGGGAGAGAAGUCAAAGGAAAAUUAUUCGAAAGUGUCACAAUUUAUUUUAGUGAUAUUGUUGGAUUUACAAAAAUUAGCUCAGAAUUGGAACCAAUGGGAGUUGUAAAUUUAUUAAAUCACCUUUAUUCUGUUCUUGAUACAAUCAUAGCUGAUUUUGAUGUCUAUAAAACUAUUGGCGAUGCUUACAUGGUUGCCUCGGGAAUUCCAGAAGUUAAUCCUCACCAUGCCUUGGAAAUUGGGGCAAUGGCUCUGCAUAUUCUUAAUGCUGUCCAUCAACUGAAAAUCCCUUCUGAAAAAACAAUAAAUGAACUAAAAAUCCGAAUUGGAAUUCACUCUGGGAAAAGGAAAACAGACAACAUAUUGGCUUAA